AUGGAGCUAAUAAUUCCGACAAACCAAACCCUACAAAACUUCCCCUCAUUGCACCACGAUGCGCGUAGACAAACCUCCAGACACCAUAAAGAUACGAUUUUUCACUCUUCUACUACUCUCGUUGUUAAGAAGCUCGGGCCUAGGAAACAACGACGGCCAGCCGUCAAGGUACUAGCCGUCUCGACCAUCGAAAAUGCCAAAAUUGCCCCCCGAAGGCGGCAGCCUACCGGCCCAUCUCACAGUUUCGUGGAAUUCGAGAGCAACAAAUACCUUCAGAGGCUGGUCCGAAAUGGGGAGCUUGAUGAAGCUUUCAAGCAUCUCGAGAAGAUGGCCUCUCAUGGCGACAUUCCGGAUAUUAUCCCGUGCACGAGCCUCAUCCGCGGGUUUUGUCGAUUAGGAAAGACCAAAAAGGCCACGCGGGUCAUGGAUAUUGUCGAGCAGUCAGGGGCUGUGCCGGAUGUCAUAACCUACAAUAUCUUGAUCCGGGGUUACUGUAAAUCGGGCGAGUUACAAAAUGCUUUGAGGGUAUUGGAGAGGAUGAAUGUGGACCCGGAUGUGGUCACGUACAACACGAUCCUCCGUACUCUGUGUAAUAGCGGGAAGUUGAAGCAAGCCAUUGAAGUCCUCGACCAGCAGCUGAGGAAGAAAUGCUACCCGGACGUGAUCACAUAUACUAUCCUGAUUGAGGGUACGUGCCGGGAAAGCGGGGUGGAGCAGGCCAUGAAGCUCCUGGAUGAGAUGAGGAAUAAAGGGUGCAAGCCGGAUGUGGUGACUUUCAAUGUUUUAAUAAACUGGAUUUGCAAGGAAGGGAGAUUGGACGAGGCUGUCGAGUUCUUGAACAAUAUGCCGUGUCAGCCGAACGUGAUCACGCAUAACAUUGUCUUGCGGAGCAUGUGCAGCACAGGCAGGUGGAUGGAUGCCGAGAGGUUCUUGGGUGAGAUGAUCAGGAAAGGGUGUUCGCCUAGUGUUGUCACUUUUAACAUUUUGAUUAACUUCCUGUGUCGGAAGGGGAAAGUGGCCAGGGCCAUUGAUAUUUUGGAGAAAAUGCCGAAAUACGGGUGCACCCCGAAUUCGAUGAGUUAUAAUCCUCUGCUUCACGGUUUUUGCAAGGAGAAGAAGAUGGACCGCGCUAUCAUGUAUCUCGAGGUAAUGGUCUCCAGGGGUUGUUAUCCGGAUAUAGUGACGUAUAACACGCUGCUCACAGCCCUUUGCAAAGAUGGGAAGGUCGAUGUUGCAGUGGAUAUCUUGAAGCAGCUGAGCAGUAAAGGUUGCUCGCCCGUUUUGAUCACAUACAAUACAGUAAUCGACGGGCUUUCCAAGAUUGGUAAAACUGAACAGGCCAUGCAGCUGCUGUUUGAGAUGCGGGAAAGGGGUUUGAAACCUGAUGUUAUCACUUAUAGCUCACUCGUGGGGGGCCUUAGCAGGGAAGGGAAAGUCGAGGAGGCCAUCGAGUUUUUCAGGGACUUGGAGAGAUUGGGUAUUAGGGCUAAUGUUGUCACUUAUAAUGCUAUUAUGCUUGGGCUUUGCAAGGCUCGACAGACCAUCCGGGCCAUUGGUUACUUGGUGCACAUGGUGUCUAGAGGAUGCAAUCCUAAUGAGUCUACUUACACGAUUCUGGUUGAGGGUUUAGCAUAUGAGGGCUACACGACGGAGGCUUCGGAGUUGUUGAAUGAGCUUUGGUCUCGAGGGGUCAUGAGCCAAAGAUCGGCCGAGUCUUUGGCCCUGAGAUUUGGUUUAGAUUUUUGUGCUGUUAUUACUUAUGAUUAG